CGCUUUGGUUGCCCAUGGCUGCUAUGUAUGCCAAAUCAAUCGGCUCUGACUCAUCCGAAGUCCGUGGAGCAGCAGUAGCAGGAAAGACUGCAUGCCCCCGCCUGAACCGACGCUAUCACCACUCAGAUUUGACGGCGGUUUGAUGUCCCUUUUUGCCCCUCAGAAGCUCCCGUACCGCCGCCUAGACCGGAGCACAACUUACCAAGUCUUGGCAACGUGCCAGACCCGGAAUGCGAAUCCAUCGCCAUGCACUCGCGAUUGCUGGCCCAGAAGAGGUGCUGGACGUACAAGCGGGUCUUGUCAUGCGCCUAGACGCGGCUAACGCAGCGCCAAGGAAAUGACUGCAUCUUUCAAC